ACAUUCUGAAAAACAGCUGAAGAUAUUAAACUCUCCCUUUUUUUCUCAAAUAGAUAAAAUAUUUCUAAUUUUAAUAAGAUUGAAGUAUUAGAAAGAAACAGUGUGCUGUGGGGUGUCCAAAACCCAGGUUCCACUAUCCAAUUUGCAGCUGAUUGAUUGGUUUUCCCAUUUUCCGAAACACUGCGCCAAGGAAGACAUGCGCAGAUGGAGAGAGAGAGGAGGAGCACUUCAUUUCACUUAAAAAACCUACAAAAUUUUGAUUUCCCUCCAAAAUUUUCAACUUUUGAUUUUCCUUAUUUAAACUCUAAACCAAACCCUAAUACGCAUUCUUAGGGGAGUGAACGGCGCCGGUUAUUACUACUGUUUCCUUCCUCAUUCUCAACUAAUCUUCCCUUUUUAAAAAACAAAAAAAAAAAAAAUCUAUAUAUAUAUAAACUUCUACUUCUACUUCUACUUGUACUAUACUACUAUUACUAAUUUAUAAACUACCAGCCCAGGCCAAAAAAAUUAAAAAAACCUAGGCUCUGUCCUCGUUCGACUACUUAGCUUGUAGAGAGUGUGGUUGGAAUCUUCCUUCUAGUGUCGCAAAGCGACGGUGAAGCGAUGGGAAGUGAGGAAAAUUGCGGUUUUGCGGAGGAGAAAGUUGAAGGGAGAGAGGAGGGACGAGGGGGAAAUAGAGAUGUGGGUGGAGAGAACGGAGGGGAAUUAGUGGGAAAAGAGGAGGGAAUUGAAGGGAAAGAUAUAAAAAGUGGGGAUUCGGAAGGGGAGGAUGAAGACGUUGCUUUAAAUAAGCUUAAAGAAAGAGGUAGAAAGAAGAAAGCGGCAGGUUCUUCUAAGAGGAGCAAAAUAGAUAUUGAGGAAGAGGGUAAUGUCGAGGGGAAAACUUCGGAUUUUGCGGCUGAGAAGGGGGAAGUUGAUUCGGGUGCUGCUGGUAUUGGGGAAGGAUAUAGCGGGGAUGUUUUGAAGAAGAGACUGAGAGCUGUUUCGAGGAGGGUUAAUUAUGCUGAGAUUCUAGAAUAUGAGAAUGACUUUGUAGAUAACAAGCGUAGACGCAAGGGGAAGAAAAAGAGGAAAGUUGUUCAACCUGGAGGUCAAGAAGAUGGUUGUAUUGAUUAUGGCGGUAAUGGGGCACCUGCAAAGAAGCGAGGAAGAAGAGGCAGGGCAAGGAAACAAGGUUCUGAAAGUGAAGGCAAUGAAGGAAAAGAUGUAAAAGAGGAAGGUAAAGAAGAGCAAGAAGGCAAUUUAGACGUAGCAGAUGGAAAGAAAAGAGGGCGAAGAGGGCCAAAUAAGGGCCAAAAGAAGAUGCAAGAGGAAGUUGCAGGGAAUGGGAAAAGUUCGGAAAAACCAGAGGAGGAUGGGUCUUUGGGAACUAUCGCUAAGGGAAAAUAUUCACUUAGGGACUCAGGAGUUCCCAAGAAUGAAGAGCCUCUGCGGGAUGCAGAUAGAAAGAAGUGGAUUGCAGAAGAAUCAUUAAUGUGCCAUCAGUGCCAGAGGAACGACAAAGGCAGGGUUGUGAGAUGCAAGAGUUGCAAGAGGAAACGAUUUUGCGUUCCCUGCUUAAAAUGGUAUCCCAAUAUGUCAGAGGAAGCAAUUGCUGAUGCCUGCCCAGUUUGUCGGGGGAAUUGCAAUUGCAAGUCAUGCUUGCGCAUGCUUGGCCCUCUUGAAGAAUUGGAAGAGCAGGGCCAAAGUAUUCCGCACUCUAGAUACUUGCUUCAGACACUUCUUCCAUACAUUAAACAAAUUAGUCAAGAACAAAUGAAAGAAGUGGCCAUUGAGGCAAACAUUCAAGGGGUUCUCCCAGAGCAAAUACAACUUACACAGGCAGUUUGUCGUAAAGAUGAGCGUGUAUAUUGUAAUAACUGCAGAACUUCAAUUGUCGACUUUCAUAGAAGCUGUCCUAAUUGUAACUAUGAUCUGUGCCUUACGUGUUGCUGUGAAAUACGCGAUGGACAUUUGCAGGGUGGACGAAGGGAAAUAUUUAAAGAAUAUGUUGAUAAGGGUUCUCGUUACUUGCAUGGAGAACCUGAGGACCCUUCGUCUUCAAAAGUGGGGAAUCCCCAAGAGUAUUCCCCCAAGGAAAGCAACUCUCAAGAGCAGAGUGCUGUAACCUCUGGGUGGAAGGCAAAUGAAAAUGGUAGCAUUCCUUGUCCACCAGAGGAUUUGGAUGGGUGUGGUAAUGGCCUUUUAGAGCUAAGGUGUAUGUUUAGAGGACAUGCUCUUGUUCAGUUAACACAAAAGGCUGAGGAAAUUGCCAAAGAUCUCAAUCUUGGGCAUGGUCCUCAAUUUUCUAACCAACAAUGCCCUUGUUACAAUUCAAUGGGAGAAGUUAACAUUGGCACUAAUAAUUUAAGGAAAGCAGCUUCUCGUGAAGAUACCACUGAUAACUAUUUAUAUUGUCCAAAAGCUAAAGAUAUUCAGAGUGGAGAUUUGGAACAUUUCCAAAGGCACUGGGCUAAUGGUGAACCUGUUAUCGUCAGCAAUGUACUUGAGAAUGCAACUGGGUUGAGCUGGGAGCCAAUGGUUAUGUGGCGUGCUUUUCGUCAGAUUAAGAAUACUAAACAUGAACUACAGUUGGAAGUUAAGGCACUUGAUUGCUUAGAUUGGUCUGAGGUAGUGGUCAAUAUUCACCAAUUCUUUAGAGGGUAUACAGAUGGUCGUUUUGAUUCAAAAUCAUGGCCUCAGAUACUGAAGCUAAAAGAUUGGCCUCCAUCUAAUGAAUUUGAGAAGCUCCUUCCACGUCAUUAUGCUGAGUUUCUUUGUUGUUUGCCUUUCAAAGAAUAUACUAACCCUAGAAGUGGGCUUCUUAAUAUUGCUACCAAAUUGCCGAAAAAAUCUCUAACCCCAGAUAUGGGGCCAAAGUCAUAUAUUGCUUAUGGAGUUUUUCAAGAGCUGGGGCGUGGAGACUCUGUAACCAGGCUUCAUUGUGAUAUGUCUGAUGCGGUGAACGUUUUAACACACACUGUUGAGGUGAAGCUUAGUCAUGAACAACUGACUAGCAUCAACAAGGCAAAAAAAAGGCACUCUAUCCAAGACCAGCAGGAACUUUAUGGAAUGAAUUCAAAAGUUGACAGGAAUAAGUCUAGUGAUAGAGGUGGUUUUCAAGGUGGGGGGGUUGUUGAGCAAGGUCAAGAUGGUUAUUCUAGUCUGAAUGACAACAUUUUGGUGAGGGAAUUUGAAAUGGAGGAGAGUGGAAAGGCCAAAAUGGUUCAAGAAGAAUGCUGGGAUAAUGGCAGAUCAUCUAAAACUUCCGGGAAUAAGAUUGAAGAGCUGGAAGCUGUUGAGGGAGGUGCUGUCUGGGACAUUUUCCGCAGGCAAGAUGUUCCUAAGCUGCAGGAUUACCUUAAAAAGCAUUUUGGGGAGUUUAGAUAUGUUCAUUGUCGCCCUGUUUCACAGGUUUUUCACCCUAUACAUGAUCAGUCCUUUUUCCUGACUAUGGAUCAUAAAGCAAAGCUCAAGAAGGAAUACGGAAUUGAACCAUGGACUUUUGUUCAGAAACUUGGGGAAGCUGUUUUUAUACCUGCAGGUUGUCCUCAUCAAGUGCGGAACAUUAAGUCAUGCAUAAAGGUCGCUCUUGAUUUUGUUUCACCUGAAAAUGUUGGUGAGUGUGUUCGCUUGACUGAAGAAUUUCGUGUGCUUCCUCGUGAUCAUAGGACAAACGAGGAUAAAUUAGAGGUGAAGAAAAUGAUUGUACAUGCAGUGCGUGAGUCUGUGAAUAACUUGGAUAAAAAUGCAAAGAUUAAGCUCAAGACUAGAGCUGGAUGAGUUGCAACUUUGUUCUGAUAUCUUAGCUGAAAGUCAUACUCACACUUGUAAAGUGGGCAAACAUUUUGGUUUUGCGUUUUCUCAGAACGUAACUGGCUUUAUCUGCAGCAUCUAGUAAGUUGGUGUAACAAAGUAACUGCCGUGUAUAUAUAUAACCCUAAAUCUUGCUUGCUUUUUAUAUUCUCUGGGCUGAGCUUGGUGGAUAUGUUUAGGUUGUCUGUUGUUUUAAGUGCUAUUGAUAAACAACGCACAACCUAGUUUUUGCAGCUUUUUUGAUGUUUCCACCAUUUUAUUUGAAAAUGGCAAUGAAGGAUUGGAGGGUGUAAUAUUGCUUUACUUGAUCAAUGUGUAUUUUAGCACAGGCGACUAGCCUGCUCUAUAAAACGAAAAAUAGUAGCUUUCCUUUA